GUGCAGUGCUAUCCAUGCUAUCUAAACCAAAAACAAGCCUCCCCCUUAGAGCUGCAGGACACCCGUAAGAGGCAGGGUUGUAUUCUAGUUAUGCAAGCGGAGGAUAACGGAAGGACAAAGUCUUUCUGUUCUCAGAGAAGACAAAAGGAUGAUCUGCAAUUACCUGAGCCAGUUGUUGGCACUUCACCUGAUCUUCUGCGCCAUGGGGAAAGCUUCCAUCGUUCAGGGCGCACGAAAUCACGAAAAAAAAGUGUCCAUUCUGCUGAAAGAGGAGCCAGAAAACCCAAAGUGCUUCGUUGAAGGCAGGAAUGACUUCACGUGUUUCUGGGAGGAAGACGAGGAGCUGUCCGGCUCUCUGGAUCAGUACUCCUUCACAUACACCUACCAGGAAGAAAACAGCAGCAGAUGCCCACUGAAGAUGCUCCCUGCAGCGGACGGGAAGAGGCUGUUCUUCUGCCACCUGGAACGACCCCAGAUGUUCAUCCAAAUGGGCAUUGAGGUUCAUCGAGAGGGAAGACUGAUUCACAAUCGCAGCCUCUUAAUCGAGCUUCUCUUUCUUCUGGAUCCUCCGGCUAACGUGACGGUGAGCAGGACGGGUAAGCCAGGCCAGUUUAACGUCAGCUGGGUGCCGCCUCCUCUGAAGUACAUGGACGACAGCAUGAUCUAUGAGGUCAGCUACACUGAAGCGGACAGCCAAGUGGGGCAGGUCGAGUCGGUUCAAGCCAGCUCAGAGUUGAUCCUGAGGGGUCUGCAGCAGGGCAGAAUGUACAAGAUGCGAGUCCGAGUGAAGCUCGACGGGAUUAGCUACAACGGCUACUGGAGUGCCUGGAGCGACCCGGUGUUCAUGGAAACACUGCCGGCAGAACUCGACCUGCUCAUCAUGUCCCUGACCCUCAUCAUCUCCUAUCUCAUUGUGCUGUCUUUCACCAUGCUCCUGUCCCAUCGAAGGUCUGUCAUCAAGAAGAUUUGGCCGAUUAUUCCAACUCCUGACAGCAAGUUCAAAGGCCUUUUCAGUGUUUAUGGAGGGGACUUUCAGGAGUGGUUAGGGCAGACCAACGGAGGCAUCAUAUUUACUCCAGCUUUCUUCUACUCCGAGGAAUGCCAUUCUCCUAUGGAGGUCCUGUCUGAACUCAACCCACGACCAUCGCUUCCCUUCCCGCCUCUGCCACCCAAAGCCUUUAGAGCUUUGGCUUCCGGCAGAAAGGGAGACAACGGCGCGAAGACGAAGCUGGACGAGAGAGAGUUGUUGGAAAGACUGGAACCUGAUCCAGUUCUGUCAGAGCAAAGCAUUGCGACGCCACACAACCUCUGGCUGAUGGACCGCUUGAGGGCGCUCAACCAGAAUCAAGUUCCCUGCUCCCAGUCCUCUCUGCUGGAGUCCCAAGACGCCUACGUUACCCUGAGUGCUAAAAACCACAGCAUAGACGAACACCUGGAUGACGUUCUCGAGGAGACGUUACCCCUCAAGGUGCUUUUUGCCUCCAGAAAGACGGUGUCGUAUGAAUCUCACUCCGACCUGGGAUCCCUGCUGCAGAGCUCCAGCUCGGGUCGCCUUUCCUCCCAGUCCAGCUUUGAGUACCCAAACCAGGCCUGGGUGGCAAAAGGCCCAGGGUACACCUACAUGGCGGUGGCAGACUCGGGGGUUUCUAUGGAUUACAGCCCCAUGAGCAGAGUGGAGGACUUUGGAAAAGUCUACGACAAUGAGUACAAGAACGAGAUCCCGUUUAGAAGAGCCUUCCUGCCGAGCCACGAUGACGACUGAAGGAUGGACGCAUGGACUGAACCUCAAAGCAGGCUUUUGGAUAUUCACCCAAAGUAAGAGAGCCUUGCAUGAACUGUGAGGAAAGGUGUACCAAGAAAUAGGGACUAAGGACUCGGGAGGAAGAGUCCCCCGGAUGUACAUACGUCACUCAGACUUUAUCCAGCUGGUGGGAACACCAAAUACUGAUAUUCAGAGCAAAGAUCUGCAUUCUGGUCUGUAAGUAUCCAAUCCUGUAGAUCAGAGCAGAAUUUUCUUGAAUAACUAACAGAAAAUUCCAGUUGAUGGAGUUAACUCCCUGAGUGGUUUAUUCAUAUUGCAGCUAAGAGUACUUUUUAAGCAUAAAUGACAGACUGGCUAUUAGCUUAAAAUAGAGAAUAGAGAAGAAAGACUGAACAAAGCAAGCUAUAAGAUGCUUUAAAGAAGAUCUUUCGUCAUCGUUUUGCAUUUUCGUUCAACAAGUGUUGCUCAGAAAGCAAAAGCCUAAUAUAGCUUUUUUUGCUAAAUGCUAAUGUUAGCAUGCUAUAUGCUCCCAGCAGCAGUGUUAACAUGUUAAAGUUUAGCCGGUAUAAUGUUUACCAUCUUAGUUUUUGCUACUGUUCCAUAAAGUAUGCUACCAAUUGCUUUUAAGCACUAAAUACAAAGCAAAGCAGGGGCUCAAGGACAGGGAUUGUCAAAAUAUUUAGACUGACAGCCUGUUCCUCUAUUAACCUGAACUGGGAACUGUGGUUUAUUUUAAGUUGAUUUUAGGUCAAUAUAGGAAGUCGGUACAUGACCAAAGCACCAAAUGAUAUUAAUCCACUGCUGAAAACAGUCCCCGAUCAAAGUACCGUUAACCUGUUUGACGAACAUUUGCUGCACAUGUUUGAUAAUGAUUGAUCAUUAAAGUGUUCUCAGAGCUGGUAAAGGUGCAGCUAGUGUUAAUGGCUUUGUAUACUGCUGGAUUUACUCCAGGUGAACUACAGUCUGAUUUAAGGGCUGAUUAUAUUUCACAUCAUUCAUCCUAAUCUGCCUAGCAACUAAAGGGAUUAGAUGAAUGUAGUGGAGUCAAAGAACACCAAUUUAACUCUGAAUUGUAAAGUAAUUACAUUUUCUGACCUUUACAGAGUUCUCUAGCUGUUCUAUUGUUUGCCCUAACUAAUUAGAAAUCAAAUUCACAAAACUAUAUUCAUUAUAAUUUUGGUCCAUAUCUCCCACAUCUAUCAUUUCAAUGGCAUUUCCAGAUGGAAACAAACUGUAUUUGUAAAUAAUAUUAAAAUGUUUAUUUCUGUACAAAAUGAAGUAUAAUUAGUACUACUGUACUUAAUAAUCGUUCUCAUGUGACUGUAGAUGUAAGUGUCUUUCUUGUUGACUUUAGGUUGUGUAUAGGUCAAUGCUGCCAUCUAAAGAGCAGAGCAUGUACACUGUCUAAAUCCUGAUGCUUCAUUUCAUACAUUUCAUGCUUGUUUGCUUUUUUGGCUUUGAAAAAAUGUAUUUUACCUGAAAUAAAUGCUCCUUUAAAAGAAUAUAAAAACAUAUAUAAUCA